GCUGGCAAAAGAUUCCAGCAUUCUGCAGCGCGUCGUCCUACCCAUUCGCAACAUUGGUUGGUUGAGGAGGGGCUCCAGUGCAAAAUCAGUCUGUUCAUUGCACGUAAGAUCCCCGUAAGAUCGUGCCUGUGUGCCCUUAAAAGCAGAACAUGAAAUGAGCACCCUGUUCAGAUAGAUGAUGUCCGCUCCUACAUUUUGGCACCCCAAAAGAGAAGUGGCGACAGGAAGUUUCGUUGCAGAUAUCUCGCUUUCAAAUGAACCGGACGCUUCAAAAACUGCGGGUUGUGGCCAAGCCUUUGCUGGAAUUGGCGUGGACAAGGCUCCUUCAUCAGCUCACUUGCAAUCAGCGCAGGGUCACCACACUACUCCUUUGCUCUGGGUCUCAGCUGUCGCGAAGCCUGAGCUCCGCUCACGGCUUUGAUAGUGCGUUGGAGUGACGUCAAGGUGGUCCUCAUGCAAUGCUGUGAAAUUGGUUGGUAAAGCAUGCAGCCAGCUUCCUCCACCUGCAACGAACUUCUUCAUGAAUGGACUUGGUGUCCAGUCUCGUUCCAGACCAGAUCUUAGGGCCUCCUCAAACCACUGCACAUUCCCUUAAAAGUCAAAUAUCCUGGUCUAACACACAGAGCAUAGCUAAAAGUCAUUGUCCAGCUACGGCAGAGUUUCUGUCGUCAACCGGCACCAACAAUGGCGGUGGCUGUUGGAAAGUCGGGGGUAGGGAGGAACGCCCUGAUCACUGGAGUGGCUAACAAGGCAGGCAUCGGGCAGACCCUCGUGAAGGCCUUCCUGGCCGAAGGCUACCGGGUCUUUGGGACUGACAUCCGCCUACUAGACCCGUUGGAGGGUCUGCUCAACGGCCCUGAAGUGGCGGGACCGUCAGGAAGGCAGCCCGAGUCAAGCCCCAACCACCGUGAGGCUUUCCACUUCAAGCAAGCUGAUAUCACCCGGCUGGAGGAGGUGAAGAGCAUGGUCCAGGCCGCUGCGCAGUUUCUCGGGGGCCGUAUUCACGUUGUGAUCAAUAACGCAGGCCGUGUGGACCCCCACAUCGCCGAGGGGAGUGACGUCAUCCAGGAGUUCGCGAGCUUCAUCAACACGAACCUGGUCGGCGCAUUCAACGUCACCGCGCACGCGCUGGAGCACAUGCCGGUCGGCCAGUCGAGCGUCAUCCAUAUGUCGAGCGUGCGCGCCCUGCAGAGCGAGCCGCACACGGAGGGCUAUGCGGCGGCCAAGGCCGGGCUUCUGGGCCUCACGCACGCGCAGGCGAUGUCGCUGGCAGGCAAAGUGCGUGUAAAUGCCGUCCUCCCCGGUUGGAUCGACACAGAUCCCAGGGAUGACCCUUCGAGCUACCACCCCGACCGCACCAAAGAGGAGCACGCAAUUCAACCGGUCGGGAGGGUGGGCCUACCGGCCGACAUUGCUCACAUGUGCAUCUUCCUGAGUGACGAGUCAAAAGCGGGCUUCAUCACCGGGCAGGACUUUGUUGUGGACGGAGGCGUCACAAAAAUGCUUUGUUAUGACUAGUAAGAUUCUGCCUGGCGCCGGUAGACUUGACAUCAGGAAGGAUUUGGACUGAAAUAGAGAUCAAAAGAAUGGCCCGCGAGGUUUGUUUGAAGUUUGUGUAUGGCUUAGCUACAAUCUGAGGUGAGCCAUUUUGACGCUCGUAGUCGAAGUGGUCACUGAACCUUUUUCAAAUAGUACCACAUCAAAAGUUGUGAAUGUACAUAUGAACCGUAGAGAUCUUUAUAGCUGCUACAGCUUGUGUGUGCGUGCUCUUGCCGCGCCUACAUUGCACCAAACAUAGGAGCCGCC